AUGGAUGUGACAGCUCUUCGGGACCGCAUACAGUCGACUUUGGACGCAAAUGCGGAUAAUCGACGCCAAGCUGAAUUGGAUUUGAAAUAUGCCGAAACACAGCCCGGCUUCAUAAAUGCGCUCUUGGAUAUUUUGCAGGCAGAGCAGAAUAAUGCGGUUCAACUUUCGGCCGGUGUCUACUUGAAGAAUAGAAUCAACCGGGGGUGGUCGCCUGUCGAAGAAAGUCCGCUCCGCACACCGAUUCCCGAGGGGGAGAAACCAGGCUUUCGGGAGCGGUUGAUCCCAGCAUUGGCGUCGACGCCCCCGAACGUUCGCGCUCAGCUUGUUCCUCUUCUCCAAAAGAUUCUCCAGCAUGACUUCCCGGAGCAGUGGCCGGGUUUUCUCGAUAUCACCCUUCAGUUGCUCGCAACACCCGAUGCAAACUCCGUCUAUGCGGGCCUGCAGUGUUUGCUGGCCAUCUGCCGCGUAUACCGAUUUAAGGCUGGGGAUAAGAGGGAUGAAUUCGAUAAGAUCAUUGAACAUUCGUUCCCCUUGCUGUUGAAUAUUGGAUCGAAGCUUGUCGAUGAGGAAAGUCUGGAGGCCGCGGAGAUGCUCCGAAUUGUCGUCAAGUCGUAUAAGCAUGCCAUCUAUUUCGAACUUUCGCCGCAUCUGCAAUCCCACCAAGCGACUGUCGAUUGGUGCACUCUGUUUUUGAGAAUCAUCGCCAAAGACCCUCCUGCCAGCUCUAUGCUGGAAUCUAAAGAAGAGAGAGAGCUUAACCACUGGUGGAAGUGUAAGAAGUGGUCCUACGCUAACCUGAACCGUCUCUUUAUCAGAUACGGUAACUCGUCCACCGUCACCAAAUCCAGUACUCCCGACUACAGCGGCUAUGCCAAGACCUUCAUGGCUACCUUUGCCCCCGAGAUUCUCAAAGGGUAUUUGCAGGAGAUCGACAAGUGGGUGUCCAAGGGCCAAUGGCUCAGCAACCCUGCACUCGCCUAUACCAUGGUUUACCUGGAAGAAUGUGUUAAGCCCAAGCCGAUGUGGGAUCACCUGAAGCCGCACAUGGAAAACCUGAUCGCUCACUUCAUCUUCCCGAUCUUGUGCCAAUCUGAUGAGGAUAUCGAGCUCUUCCAGACUGACCCCUCCGAAUAUCUCCACCGGAAGUUGAACUACUACGAAGAGGUGUCCGCGCCGGACGUCGCAGCCACAAAUUUCUUGGUAGCCCUCACCAAGAACAGGAAGAAGCAAACUUUCGCCAUCCUUACGUUCGUGAACGGAAUUGUCAGCAAGUACGAAUCUGCGCCAGAUGACCAGAAGCUGCCAAGAGAGAAGGAAGGUGCAUUGAGAAUGAUCGGUUCCCUGGCCUCUGUGAUCCUCGGAAAGAAGAGCCCCAUUGCCGACCAGGUUGAAUACUUCUUCGUUCGACAUGUUUUCCCCGAAUUCCGCAGCCCUCACGGUUUCCUGAGAGCCCGUGCCUGUGAUACCCUCGAAAAGUUCGAGCAGCUUGAUUUCCAGGAUCCCAACAACCUCAUGAUCAUCUACAGAAAUAUCCUCGAGUCGAUGACGGAUUCCGAACUUCCUGUCAGAGUCGAGGCGGCUCUUGCUUUGCAGCCUCUCAUUCGUCACGAAAUCAUCAAGACUUCGAUGCAGCAAAACAUCCCGCAAAUCAUGCAGCAGCUCCUCAAACUCGCCAAUGAAGUCGACGUGGAUGCUUUGGCCAAUGUGAUGGAAGAUUUCGUUGAGGUUUUCUCCGCCGAACUUACACCUUUUGCCGUGGCGCUUAGUGAGCAAUUGCGUGAUACCUACAUGCGUAUUGUUGGUGAGCUUUUGGAAAGAAAUGCCGCCAAGGGCGAGGAAGAUGCGUAUGGCGAUUUCUUGGAUGACAAGAGCAUUACCGCUCUGGGUGUUUUGCAGACGAUUGGAACUCUCAUCCUCACCCUCGAAAGCACUCCCGACGUGCUCCUGCAUCUCGAGACUAUCCUCAUGCCUGUGAUUAGCAUCACCCUCGAGAACAAGCUUUAUGACCUUUACAACGAGGUCUUUGAGAUCAUCGACAGCUGCACCUUUGCCUCUAAGUCGAUCUCUCCGACUAUGUGGCAAGCCUUUGAGCUUAUUCACAAGACUUUCAAAGCUGGUGCUGAGCUCUACCUGGAAGACAUGCUACCCGCGCUCGACAACUAUAUCUCCUAUGGAUCUCAGAUGUUGGUCCAGAGCCCGAACUAUCUUGCGGCCUUGGUUGGCAUGGUUGAGGACAUCUUCCGGGACGAGAAGGUCGGUGGUGUGGACCGGAUAUGUGGCUGCAAGCUCGCAGAAACUUUGAUGUUGAACCUGCGUGGCUGUAUCGACCAGUACAUUCCUGUCUUCAUUGAGCUCGCGAUGCGUGUCAUUGAUGCUGGAGAGGCACGAACAAAGUCAUACCGAAUCCACUUGAUGGAGAUGGUUAUCAACGCCAUCUACUACAACCCGGUUCUGAGUCUGCAGGUUCUUGAGGCCAAGGGCUGGACAAACAAGUUCUUCAGCUCCUGGUUCUCGAACAUCGACAACUUCAGACGGGUCCACGACAAGAAGUUGUCGAUCGCAGCAAUCAGCUCGCUGUUGACCCUCAAGGCUGAUAGUGUUCCCGUGAGUGUGCAGCAGGGCUGGCCUAGGUUGCUACAGGGAGUCACCAGACUUUUCCAAACCUUGCCUGCCGCCAUGAAGCACCGCGAGGAUGCCACCAAGGAGUCAGACUUCACCUUCGAUGAUGAAGAAGAUGAGGGUGACGAAGACAACGACUGGGGUGGUGAGAUCGAGUGGACCGAGGAGGAGACCGAAGCAGCGCUUGAUGGAGAUGUUCCUGACGAAGGUGCAGCAUAUCUCGACUUCUUGAACCAAGAGGCCCAGAAGUUUGGAUCUUUCGCCGAUGACGAUGAUGACGAGUUAGACGAGGAGAGCCUCCUCGAAACACCCUUGGACAAGGUCGAACCAUAUGGCCUGUUCAAGCAUGUCUUGAUUGGCCUCCAACAAGAGCAACCGCAGCUUUACGACAACUUGACCAAGAUCCUGAACCAGGAGGAGCAGCAGGUGAUCCAGGCUGUUUUCCACGAAGCUGAUAACCAGGCCGUGGCUGCUGCAAACGCCGAAGCUGCUGCCGCUGCCGCUGGUAUCCAGAACGGUGCUUAA